AUGCUAUUACAUUCAUAUUCAGUCAAUGGGCAGAUAUGUAAUACUCCAGACUGGCUAGACUAUGGUGAUUCACAGUACCUCAUCGUUAACCAUGUAAGGACCUGGUCUGCUGCGAGGAUCCACUGCCAAGACAACGGUGGAGAUCUUGCAGUUAUUCGUUCUCAUGAACAAACUGCUUUUCUCGUCACCUACACGUUGAAAUCUACUUAUGGAUAUAGCUACUGGAUAGGACUUCAUGACUCAGACGGUGAUGGACAGUACACGUGGAUUGACGACACACAACCACAGUACUCGAACUGGUCCCCUUCACAACCGUCAAGUAGCCAUGCAUGUGUCCGCAUGAAAUCUUCAUACAGCGUUGUAAAUCAAGGGAAAUGGCAAACAAGUUCCUGCUCAAAUACCCGCGUCCACAUAUGUCAACGUCCGAAAGAUUCUCGUUGUUCGUGGCAUCGUUUCGGCCAAUCGUUAUAUCGGUUCUACGGAGAAGCAAUGUCUAAUGAUGAUGCUAGAGCACACUGUGUGAGCAAUGGCGGUGACCUGGCCAUUAUCAAAUCAGAAGAAAUUAAUCCUGGAUUCAAAUGA